AUGCAAGGGGGAAAAGGCGGCUCCGAGAUCCAAGCGGAUCAAUGCGGAUCCAAGCGGAUCGGUGCUGUUACAAUCGUUUCUGAAAGUGUAAAAUGGAAUCCGGCCGGGAAAAGAAGUAGAAUAGGACCCACAGAACUCUUGUCCUUUUUCGCACUUAUCGAAAUUGUUAAAAUGUCUGACAUUGAUGCCUUGUCACUUUCUGGAGCAAAUUUUUUUGAUUAUGUACGUGAGAAAACAAAUGAUAUUAUUGUUGAUAUUCUACAAGUACAAGAAAUCUGUUCAACUCGUGCAUUAUUAUGUUGCGAUGAUCCAUUGUCAAUAUUAGAAUAUGAUUGUGAUGAACUAGCUGAUAUUAAAAGACGUGCUGUAUUUUUUUUGAAAUUGGGUGGUCAUGCUGUUAAAAAUGGUGUUAAGGGUAGUAUGAAAUACUUAAUUGAUAAGUUAAAGGAAAUUGAAAAGAAACAUACGAAAGAAUCAAAAAUCUAG